CAGGCUCCGCCCCCAGCAGAGGCGGAAGUGGAGCCGCCCGAGUCUUGCCGCGUUGCCGCGGGUUCCAGGGUCCAUGGCCGCCUACUCCUAUCGCCCUGGCCCGGGUUCCGGCCCGGGCCCAGCUGCGGGCGCGGCGUUGCCGGACCAGAGCUUCCUGUGGAACGUCUUCCAGCGAGUUGAUAAAGACAGGAGUGGGGUGAUAUCGGACAGUGAGCUUCAGCAGGCGCUAUCCAAUGGCACAUGGACCCCGUUUAACCCAGUGACUGUCAGGUCAAUCAUUUCUAUGUUUGACCGGGAGAACAAGGCUGGCGUGAACUUCAGCGAGUUCACAGGCGUGUGGAAGUACAUCACAGACUGGCAGAAUGUCUUCCGCACCUAUGACAGGGACAACUCUGGAAUGAUCGACAAGAACGAGCUCAAGCAAGCACUCUCAGGUUUUGCCCUGACAGGAAAUCCGCAAUGGCUCUUGUCACCCCAUCCACACCGUGGAUCUGCAGUGCCCUGUGGCCGUGUUCCAGGCUCCAUCCUCAUCAGGUCAGGGCUCAGCCAGGGGUGCUGCCUCACCUGCCAGGCUACCGGCUCUCUGACCAGUUCCACGACAUCCUCAUUCGGAAAUUUGACAGACAAGGACGAGGGCAGAUUGCCUUUGAUGACUUCAUCCAGGGCUGCAUUGUCUUGCAGAGGUUGACGGACAUAUUCAGACGUUACGACACGGAUCAAGAUGGCUGGAUUCAGGUGUCCUAUGAGCAGUAUCUCUCCAUGGUCUUCAGCAUUGUAUAAUGCACGCCUCGUGGACAGCAGCACAUCAUACGAGAAAAGACUGAAAAUGCCAAAUUCCUUCCCUGUAACAAAUGGGGACCCAGAUGCAGUUAGAUGCUGUUCUUCCGUCGGAUCUUGUGUGGUUAACACUUGGGGACCUGGCUGUACAUAUGUGGAUGAGCUGACUAGGGCUUUGCAGUCGUAGCAGCCGCCAUGUCAACCUAAGAAACACUGGGUUUGCUGGCCUGCUAAUUGUGCCAUGAGGCAAAACCUAAUAAUGGUUCAGGUAUUCUGCUCCCAAAAUGCAUCAUGUGCUUUCCUCGAUCUCCAGUUCUGUAGUGGAAAUGCUUUUAUCAGCCAAUAGAAUUUUUAAGUGAAAUGGAACUUGCACCGAGGCUUUCACGUGCCUUACUUUUCUUAAAGGAGUUUAUUGUGUUCAUGGGAACAGGCAACACAAGCAAUAAAGUAAAGGUACAGACUCAA